UAAAGGGGGGUCCAGAAGAGCUCACCUUCAGUGUGCCUGAGUGUCCCGUGUUGCGUGUGCGCACUCCAGAAAGUGACCCCGCUGUAUUAUCAAGAUUAAAAAAUGCUUCUACUCGCCAGCUUUGUCUUGGUCUUCGCAACCGCUAUUGGGUCUUCAGCGGCCCAAAGGAUCACAACUAUUCAACUGGACGGAGUGCAGUAUUUUAUAUCAAGAAUGAACCCCUACAGCCCCGAACUAAAUUAUUUCCUCGCUUAUCAGUAUUGCAGGUCUCUGGGACUGCAGCUAGCAUCAUUCGAAACCAAGGAAAAGGCAGAUUCAAUUACUACAUAUCUAACAAACGCAGGCUACAACAAGUAUGAUUUCUGGACGUCCGGUAACAACCUCGGCACUGACAUGUACUUGUGGAUGAGCACCGGUCUGCCAUUCAACGCGACAUUUAACUACAUGAGAAGAGUAACAAUGGAUCAACCCAACCACCACGAUGAUGAUAGCAUGGACCCAUUAGAUAUGCCCCAGGGAAGCACAGCCCCUCAACGCACCGCCAGACAUGGUCUGUUUUCUAGGACUGAGCAUGUGAUGACAAACGGCUGCGUAUCUCUCAAGGCGCCAUCCUUCCAUUGGGAGCCGCAGCACUGCGGAGAGAUCAAGGACUUUAUCUGCGAGCAGACACGUUGCUACUAUUACAACUACGGCUCCAUCCCAGUCUCCUCGGCGCAGGGGAAACCGCUGUCGAUGACGACAACGACGACGGCCCACCCGCUAACCUCGUCGUCGCCGCCACCGCCACGCUCCGAACACCUCCCGACACAUUUCACUCUUAACGACCUCAUCGGCAAGCUGCGACCAUCAUCCCUCGACGGCCUCCAGUCACCUCACCUCAAGACCGGAGCACUAUUAAAAUCCCCACCUCAGAUCGACUCGCAUUACUCGCGGGCUUCCGAUGCCCACUCGAAGGAGGUAAAAGAGCCCGAACAGAAAGAGGACACAACUCAAGGUCCUUACGAGGCCGACGAGGGAAUGGCGGGCGAUGAUCCCGCUGCGUAUCUCACCCACGAGGCCCGGGAGCUAUCCAUCGAGGACGCUCCCUCCACCGUCGAGCCGGACGCCACAGAGCACUCCGUCCACGCCAGCGGCAUGUUGGCACCCCCCGCCUAUUAGCGUCCGACUCGCAGCCCCCAUAUAUGAUAAGCUUCGUUUAGAUUUAUCAACUACCAAAAGUAUUAUUCAAAUGUUGUAUGUAAAACAUUAAGGCUAAGUGCUUGCUUUUGAGGGUGAAAUCGCUUCGUCAAUUUUUAUUACAUCAAUGUAAAUGACAUUUAUGUAGUUAAGUCCUAAAUUCAUGCUUGCUAAAAUGGUGGGUUAUUCAGGGUUAAUUUCGGGCAAUAAUGUAUAGUGUUGAAGGUGCUGGCGACUCGUUUUAUGCGACUUGCCUCCGUCUUCCAGAUGGAAGGUUGCAAUAACUUUUCUAUAAAAUAUACAUCAACCUAACCUUAACUAAAAUAAUUUUAGUACAUUUGUCCGAUCUCCGGUAUCUACAUAUUUACGGUUAAAGUAUAUAUUAAUUAAUAUAAGAAAAUUCCUUGAUUUCGUAUGUCUGGACAUAUCAUUUAUUAUUUUCGUAUAAGUUUAAGAUAGUGUUUAUAUUAUGACGUCAUAGUUAAGUAUUAUAAGUUGAAACUCAAGAAUUUAAGAAAUGGUGAUGUAAGUGAAAGAAAUAAAUUAAAUUACAAAAAAA